AGAAACUGAAUAUGAUUUAUUGGGUUUCGUUGUUUUUGUUCGAACGUACUCCGAAUUCCUUCGAGUUGCGUUUUAUUUUCUAUUCCCGUGUAUUAUUUGUGUCUGUUUACUCACCGGCGAAGUUUUGGAAUUUGAAAUCUGUUGUUUGGUGGGGACUGGUUCGAGGAAUUACGCGAUCGGAUCUAGGUUCUAUAUUGUUGCUGGUUUGUAACGGAUUUGGAGAUCUGGGACUACUGUCUCAACAAGAAUAGGUUUCCGUUGUUUGUUAUGUGAAGUUUUGGCAUCUGAGCAAGUCAUUGGAAGCAGGAAAUGGUUAAAAGGCAUGGAGUGUUUUGAUUUUCAAGCGAUAUCAUGUUGCAGUGCAUAGGGGGAUUUUUUGCUUCCCUACUAAGAUGUUGUGAUCUUGACUUGUAUAAGCAAUCAAGAGGUCUUGACGAUCCAGAACUUCUAGCAAGGGAGACUGUGUUCAGUGUAAGUGAAAUAGAGGCACUAUAUGAACUCUUUAAGAAGAUAAGCAGUGCCGUGAUUGAUGAUGGCCUGAUCAACAAGGAGGAGUUUCAACUGGCGUUGUUCAAGACGAAUAAAAAAGAAAGCCUAUUUGCUGACAGGGUGUUUGACUUAUUUGAUACGAAACACAAUGGAAUAUUAGGCUUUGAAGAGUUUGCUCGCGCGCUAUCUGUAUUUCACCCGAAUGCCCCGAUUGAUGAUAAAAUUGAAUUUUCUUUUCAAUUGUACGAUCUUAAGCAGCAAGGUUUUAUAGAGAGACAAGAGGUGAAGCAAAUGGUAGUGGCUACCCUUGCAGAAUCUGGCAUGAAUCUUUCGGAUGAUGUUAUUGAGAGUAUAAUUGAUAAGACCUUUGAAGAAGCUGAUACAAAACAUGACGGAAAGAUUGAUAAGGAAGAGUGGAGAAAUCUUGUUCUACGUCAUCCAUCUCUCUUAAAGAACAUGACCCUUCAAUAUCUCAAGGACAUCACCACAACUUUCCCAAGUUUUGUCUUCCAUUCGCAAGUUGACGAUACCUGAAGUCGUGAUCUGCAGUUGAAGUAUAGUGAUUGUAGUUGGAUCAUGGUUUGCUCGAUUGUAAACGCUGUAGGCUGCUUCUUAGAAAGGAGGGGCUAAUAUUUAAUUUUUGCUUCGCAUGGGUUGUUGGUUCGUUUGGUUAUUUUCGGUGUUAGUUGCUUCAGUGACUGAACUUUUGUGUUCUAAGCAUGAGAGAGGGAGAAUUGUGGUUGCUUGUGUUUGCUUUCAUGGCUGAGUUCUAAAAGUAUGGAAGAAAAGAGUUGGAAGAUGUCAGCAUGUCAGAAAAUGGUGAAGGGUUGGAGACCACCAUUAGAACUUGUGUGGUGAUGAAAAUCUCUCUCUGUUGUUUCAUCAGGAGUUAGCAUUAUUUCUUCCUUUUUCUUUCUUUUUUUCCCUUUAUUUAUAAAUGUUGAUAAAUAUUGAUGCGAUAUGAUAUUUCUAUUGUGUAUGCUUUAAAUUAGACCUUUAACUACUUGCCAACUUGCAAUUUUGA